UCUGCACAAGACGCGUGUGCCACACUUCCUCUCCGCAUUCCUGGCGUUUUCCAACGUUCCCCGCCCUUGCUUGCUGCCACUGAGAUAGAUAGACAGACGUUGUUGAGAAUCAAAUUCGCCCUGUCCCAUAGAUCUCUCCUCUCAACCCUAAAUCUCUUCGCCCCCACAAUCCCCAAUUAUACAUCUUUUGGGGUUUUGGGUUGAUCGACCCCGACUUUAAUUUGACCAAUUACGGGUUUUUUUGAAGCGAAUUAGCUUAGCUCCAUCUGCCGCCGUCAUCAUCCGUCGUUGGUGGAACUUGGGAAUCAAGAAAAGAACCCAACGCUCACUCUGUUUCCUUGGGGGCGAAAGUUGGGGAAAUGAUCUGGUGAAAUCUGGUGCGGAGAAAUCGAGUGUGGAAGCUUUCCCCCCACCAAAAAGGGAGAAUAUUUAGGGCCUAGCUGGGGGUCAUUCACAUUGUAGUAGAGAAGGGUUUUCUGUAUCUUUGUUGAACUUUCAAGUUCUUUGGAGGGUUUUUGGGAUGGAAGGUAAGAAUCCGGUGAGGUUUACUCUCCUAAAGCAGUCGUCUUUAGCGCCGGAAGGGGAAAGGGAUGGUUCCGGUGGGUUCGAGGAAGCUCUGGAGGGCAUUGAUCCAGGUGUUCGAUUAAUGUACGCAGCGAAUGAAGGCAAUCUUGAUGGUAUCCAGGAGGUAUUGGAUUCGGGCGUUGAUGUCAAUUUCAGGGACAUUGAUGACCGGACGGCGCUUCACAUUGCAUCCUGCCAAGGUUUGACUGACGUCGCUGCGUUCUUGCUGGACAAAGGGGCCACAGUUGACCCCAAAGAUAGAUGGGGGAGCACGGUACCCCUUGCAGAUGCCAUAUAUUACAAAAACAAUGACGUGAUUAAGCUCUUGGAGAAGCGCGGUGCCAAGCCUCUGAUGGCCCCAAUGCAUGUCAACCAUGCUCGUGAAGUCCCGGAGUAUGAGAUCAAUUCCACUGAGCUUGAUCUCACUAACAGUGUGCAGAUAACUAAGGGAACUUAUUGCAUAGCAUCAUGGCGUGGGAUAGAAGUUGCUGUUAAAAUGCUCGGGGAGGAAGUCCUUUCAGAUGAGGAUAAAGUAAGAGCAUUCAGAGAUGAGCUAGAUUUGCUUCAGAAGAUAAGACACCCGAAUGUGGUUCAAUUUCUGGGUGCUGUUACUCAAAGUAGCCCGAUGAUGAUUGUGACAGAAUACUUACCAAAGGGAGAUCUUCGCGAGUACCUUAAACGAAAAGGCCCACUAAGACCAGCAAACGCUGUGAGAUUUGCUCUUGAUAUUGCAAGGGGUAUGAAUUAUCUACACGAGACCAGGCCAGAACCGAUAAUUCACCUGGACCUUGAGCCUUCCACCUUUUUCAUGUUGCUUAUGAGCAAGAUAACAGAAAUAUAUUGCGGGAUGACUCAGGACAUCUCAAAGUUGCAGACUUUGGUGUUAGCAAGUUGCUCACGGUGAAAGAAAAGAAGCCUCUAACUUGCCAGGAUACUUCUUGUCGUUAUAUGGCCCCAGAGGUUUUCAGAAAUGAAGAAUAUGAUACCAAAGUGGAUGUCUUUUCCUUUGCAUUAAUACUACAAGAGAUGAUUGAAGGCUAUCCACCAUUUUAUAACAAGGAAGAUCCUGAUGUUCUUAAAGCAUAUGCUGGAACUGAGCGUCCUCCUUUUAAGGCUCCACCAAAGUAUUAUGCGCAUGGGAUUAAAGAAUUGAUUGAGGAGUGCUGGCAUGAAAAUCCAGCCAAACGACCAACCUUCAGGGAAAUACUGACAAGACUGGAGUCUAUUUACAACAGAAUUGGUUACAAGAGGGGUUGGAAGGUUAGACCGUUAAAAUGUUUCCCGAAUUUGGAGGCCUUAUUGAGGAAAGACCAAAGUCUAAGUGGGCGCGGUGGAUCUUCACGUUCAACCAGCCGUGCGUGAAUUGAAACUUUGUUCCAAGGGUUCACCUUUCAUGUUUGCAGACUCCAAUUUUUUCCUGGUUGUCAGAGAUUCCUCUUUAUUGGUUUAGAGUAGAGGAUUUCUAUGUUUUUUCCCCUGGUGUGUAAUCCGAAAUUGAUACAUUCUCAGGCAGUAGACACAUUAUUCUCGAACUCACUCUUCAUUGAACAUGAUCUAUGGCAUAUAAGAAUCCUACCUUCAUGAGUUCAAUCUCUCUCGUAAUCUUUUGCACCUUAUCUUACUCAUUUAUCGCGUGGUGGAUAAUAGACAUGAGCUGAUCUGGUUACAGAUAUGGGGUUGUUGCUGAUAGCUCUCUAUUUGCAAAAGGUCAGCAACUGAUGCUGAUGAUCUAACUACAGAGAUUAGCCUGGUGUUCCUGGAGAUCAGCCUUUCCCUAUUCCUGUUAUUUUUGGUUUGCAUCUCAUAUCCUUGAGGGUUAUACAUACA